AUGGAUAAUCAACAAGAAAUAACCGACUCUGCUCAAAUUAAGGAAUCUACAGUUUACUUUGAAAGUCUCUUAUGUGAUAUCCCGGCCACCUCACUACCUCAUGAUUUUCCGUUUCCAUUUUCUCAAAUUCAUCAAGAUGUCCUUCUUAAAUCUCUGUUAACCACCCUCCAAGAAGAUAUUAAAGAAGUAGUCUUUUCUAUUAAUAAAGUCAGUGUAGCUGGGCCUGAUGGAUUGUCUUCAGCAUUCUUUCAAGCUUGCUGGAAUACUAUCGCGGAGGAUAUCUCUACAGCUGUCAUGGAUUUCUUUAGGGGCACCCUUAUGCCCAGAAGCUUCACUGCCACAUCUAUCAUUCUCAUCCCUAAGAAUGACUCACCCUAA